CAUCACGAGCCACCAUCACCGUCAGCGCCGGUCACGUGGUGAGUGGGGAGCGGGCGGUGGGUGUGUCCAAUCGCGUGUGGUUUCAUUCAUAACUACAAUCCCCCUUUGAAGCCCAAAUGUAAAGUAUGCAGACGGGGCGAGCUGCCCGUGGACCGCCGCUUCAAACGGAGUCCGCGGCCGGGUGAGAGUGUCCCGCGCGCACCGGGACCAGCCGACGGACCCACCGGGCGCAUACUCUCCCUCUCUGCCGCUGUAAUGUGCAACUAUUUCCUCGUGCGGGAUGUUUGACAGGUGACAACAGCCGGCUCCAGGCUGAGUGCUGAGAUGCGGGACGGACCCGAUCGGCGGCUUUUCGGAGGAGAAGGGAAGAUGCUGCUGCUUCUGAGGCUGCUGAGGCUGCCGAUGCCGCGGAGCGCCGCCGGCUGCAGCGGGUCGCUGUAGUCAGUCUGCUUCAACACCGCCUGCAUAGACCGGUUCACACACGCCGACCUGGACCAUGAGCAAUGAGUCGCCUGUUCUCACCAGUCUGUCUGAGAACUCCACCGAUGUGCCUGUGGCGGCGGGCCAGGUGGAGAACUAUGUGCUGCUGUUGGUGCUGCUGAGUGUUUUCGCCGGGGGGACGCUGGUCCUGCUCUCCCUGCUGCUGCUCUUCUGUCACCGCUGCUGCACGGGUGGACGCCGCUACUCCAGAGCGAGCGAUGACCCCGAGAAGACAAACACCACUUAUGUUGAGGAUUCUCAGCCCACCCAAGAGAUCAUCAUUCAUCUGGAUGAAUCAGACGCUCUCUCAGCCGGCAGCUAUCACGACGGAGAGUCAGAGCGCUUCGUCUCCACUGGGUCUACCGGCCGCAGAGUCUCCUUUAACGAAUCGGCACUGUAUGAACAGGAGAAGACGACUCAGGACAAAGGACGCAGGUACACUCUGACUGAGGGAGACUUUCACCACCUGAAAAAGGCCCGUCUGACCCACCUCGCUUUGCCCCCGGCCCCUUGUGACCUGAAAAUCCUCACCAUCAUGGAGUGUGACUCAACGGAGAGCAGCACCCUCAACAUCAAUGACACGGCCGCUCCCAAACUGCCCCUCACUAUCUACCAGGCCACUGAGAGAAGAGUCCCCGACUGGGUGGGUCUGAGCCUCAGCAGGGGUCUGCCCGGAGACCAGCACCACUCCGCCAUCCUGGACCAGAGCCACGGACAGGCUUCAUCCGCCGUCAACGCCCAGCAGCCGUGGUCCCAGACAGUGAGUUUCACUCACUGCGUAUUACAGAUGGAGGCUAUUGGAGACACAGGGGAGGCUCAGAGCGAAAGGGGGCCGAGAGGAGAGUCGACUCAAGCGCCGGGCCAGACUUCAGUUCUACACUUCUUCACCAAACUGCGCCGUCAUGCUAGUCUGGAGGGGGCGGGGCCUUACUUCAGGAGGUGGAAGUUUGACAGCAGUCAUCGGGCCGCCAGCCUUGAUGCCAAAGGAUCCCCCAAGAGAAGGCCCUUCCAGAGACAGAGAGCGGCAAGUGAAACCACUGAUCACACCGACAACGACUCUUUGUCCCUCCAAGAUGAGGUCAUUGAGUCGUUCCUACAGUCCCCCGUCCCGACCAGUGGCCUCCAGUCGCUCUCUGCAGAGUCUCUUUCUCAGCCAGACACGGCACUCGCAUCCUCAUUCUUCCUCAGCAGGUUAAGACCAGAGGCCAUGGGCGAGUUCAAUGGUAGCAGCGGCGCCAGAGGAGAAGAUACAAACGACUGUUGCGCCCAGAGGAAAGAGGAGGCUACAGCCAAUGGGACUCAGGUAGAAGAAGAAGAAGCAGUGUUUGGUGCAGGGAGCGGAAUGGAAGCAGUGGAAGCCGAGCUAGAAUCGGUGGAAGAUGACGACUUGUUUGUCGUGCAACAAGGAGCUGCUGUACAGGAAAGGUUCGAAGACAAGAUAACGAAUGUGAGGAAAACCAAUGAGACGGAUGAAGGAGAUGAGCUGGCGUUCGGGGCUGAGGACAGGCUCAGGGCCGGCUCGGGCUCGUCGUAUUCCUUCACGAAUCGCCAGGAGAGCUCAGAGGCUCCUCACUCCCUGUACAGAGACAUUUGGAGCUUGCGGGCGUCCCUGGAGCAAUACGCCUCCUCGGACCAGAGCAGCACGGAUCGGGAGUCCAUCCGCAGCGAUGGCGACAGCGGCUCAUCCCACGGCGGCGCAGGAGCUCGCUCUGGCCUGGACAGCUGCUUGUCCCAAGACCUGGACGAUGAGCCUGAAGGGGAAGGCGAGGGAGAGGGAGGAACCAGAGGGGCGUCGGGUGGGGACAGUGAGGUGGGAAGUGGAGGUGGGGGAGAGGGCGAGGCAGGGAACCGCAAACUCCUCCAGAUGGACAGCGGCUACACCUCCAUUGAAGCGCCAUCCAGACCUCCGGACGAAAUGCGGCUUUUUGGGACUCCUGGAGCUCCAAGAGGGAAGACGGCGUCUGAGAGAAGGUUGUUCUUCACCAGCUCCGGGAGGAAAGGUUCAGUGUGCGAGAGCACCGAGGCCCGGCUGUUACAGGAGGAGCUUCAAGACGAGAUGUCACACGGCGCUGAGGAGAAACUAAAGAACAGAUCUCAAACUGCAGGCCAGUCUCCUGCCCUCCAAGAACCGCAUCAGCUUCUGAAGACCCUUCAACCUCAGAAACCUCCACAGUCCCAAUCUCAGUUGAUGUCUAGCCCAAUCCCGCAUGCCUCUUCUCCUCACAAACCUCGCCUCCGCCGCCGCGACUACAGCAUCGACGAGAAGACAGACGCCCUUUUCAACGAGUUCCUCCGGCACGAUCCACGGUUCGACCAGCAGGAUCCGCCGCUGCGCACCAGGCAUCGAUCCAGAGUUCACCUCCGAAAACAGUGGCAGCGACACAAGCAGUACAGCGACCCGGGGUCAGGUGCUGGGGGCAGGUACUCCCCGUCUUUGGAGAGGCAGAGGUUCACGCCGCUGAGGAGGGGCGACAGUGCCGGGUACCCUCUGGACACAAGGUACCACAGCACCCUCUCGCGCAUCGCCAGCGCCGCCGACGAGGAGGCCUGCGAGGUCGCGCCCGGGGAGGAACCCGCCAAAGAGAGAUCAGACGGCACAGAUCCGUCAGGUGGAGCCGAAAAGAGCGCAGAGGCCACCGUCGAGGGUGACGGCCGCCAGGUCUCCACAAGGUCUUUGAGCAGCGCACGCGGGAGCCACGCGGAUCCCACGGUCACCAACAGAAACAACAACAGCAGUCGGGCUGUUUGGUCGGAGCGCAGCCUGGCGGAUAAGAUGGCCGUGUCGGUCGAAGAGAGGCUCUACAGCGGCCUGCGUGGCGCCGAGCAGCUCGGCCAGGGAGGAGCGGAGCGGGCGCUCACCGUGUCGCACGCGGCCUCACCCGGCUUCAGCCCGAUGUGACCCGUGGAUCUCUUCUCCCAGCGGCUUCAUUUCACAUCCAUUAUGUAUAGACGACAGACUUGAAUUAGGAUCCAUAGCGGUACAAUCAUUACCGUGUGUUAGAUACUUGUGUCCCUUACAUUUAGAAUGUGAUUCACACAGAUGUCCUGAAGGACAGAACAGUGUCUCCCGGUAUUUCCAUUCACACCUUGAUUUCCACUGGGCCCCUUUUUAUUGGUGACCGUUCUGAAAAUCAAAUGCAUUUAUUACACAGCUUGGAAAAUAUACCCAUCUUUAGAAAAAAUGAAUACUUUCAGAAUUAAAUGUGAAUUUUCAGCAUGCUACUGUAUGUCCAAACAAUGUGUAUGUGAAUACUUAACCGUUUUGACUUUAAAACAAAAAGCACUUUGAUGGGAAAAAGAAAACGAUGGAGUUUCUGUCACCAAUCCUCCUCAAGUGUCCUUCUCCUCUCAAUCACCACAAGGGUAAAUGUCUUUGGGAAAGCUUGAGGUUCAUGUAUUUGGCGAAAAGAAUACGGACCACAUAAAUGAGAAAAAACUAACUGAUCUCAGCCCACACAUUUACAUCAUAUGAGCAGAUUAAAGACCCGGAGGUAAAAGCAGACGUCCUAACUAAACUAUUGCGCAACAUGGAUUUUUAUACUCAUAUUUCAUCUAUUUUUUUUUCAUAGGAGUUUUAGUAAAUAUUUGUCCUCAUUACUCCUUACACUUCAGGAGGGGGAAUCCAGGAGCUUCCGUGGGUUCCAGCGAAGUGUUUCAUCAGUGCACUGACUGUGUUGAGCGGGAGACUGACAGAGGAGCCUCGCAGGCUUUUAGACAGAUGGUCCCGUGACAGAGACGAGGCUGUGAAAGGGGAGGUUGAAACUAAAUAGCAUUGGCGAUGGACAAGCUCAUUUAAUAUUACUAAAUAAAAAAAAUACCUCUGGUGAUAUUUUUCUGAUUGUCAACAAAUCCUUUGAGAAUUGUAAGCGAAUAACAUUGAUUCCCAUUUAAAGUUUUCUAACAUCCACAGUGCACAGCUGUUUUGGCGUGUCAUUUACUAUAAAAUACAUUUGUCAACGUUUCUUAAUCAUCUCCCAUAGGAUCUGGUUAAGUCAGAAAGUAUUAAGAGAAAAAAACAGCACCAUAUUGGUUUAUUUGCUGCCAUUGGGCUAAGACAAGAUGAAGAACUGACAGCUUUCAAAAUAAUACCUUGCAGGUAUCCUGUGGAUUCAAGUUAAACAGGCUGUACAGAUUUAUUCCGUAUCUCUGUGCGGCUUUAAGAUGAUCCGUUAAGCAGUGAUGUGUGAUGUCACCGUGGAUACUUUUGACGGCAGGUAGCGUGGCCCAUAUUCAUACUCGACCCGAAGAUUUAUGAAUAAAGACAUGAAUAAGAACCAA